UUCCUCCACUGCUAUCAUAUUUGGAAGUAUUGCCUCUGAAUUUUACAGUUAACCAUGAAACUAUACUCAGUAAUUUGAGUGGUGAUGGUUCCUUGUUCAGAUCGCCCUCGGCCACCGCUGCCGCAUUUUUGGCGACGCAAAAUAUGCAGUCGUUGUCCUACUUAUGUCACCUCUUACGGAGUGGUAAUGGCGAAGUUCCAUCAUUGUAUCCUAUACAUUGGGAUGACAUGAACGUGUAUAUGGUCAAUCAACUGCAAAGAUCAGGGUUGUCGAAACAUUUUGCUAAUCAGGUUGAUGACAUGUUAGAACACAUCUACAGGGAAUAUAAUGCACAAGAACCAUCACAUCGAUACAGUUUAAUAGCAGCAGACAUCCACAAGAGCUCCUUAGCUUUUCAACUUCUUCGGUUGCGAGGGUAUAAAGUUUCUGCAAGGAGGUUUUGUUGGUUCCUUAGUGAUGAAUAUGCUCUUGAACAUAUUGAAGAAAACUAUGAGAAGUUUGCAAGCACGCUUUACAAUCUUUAUGGAGCAACAAAUCUUAUGUUUAAAUCAGAGGUAGAGCUAAAAAAAUUGAGAUCAUUUACAAGAAGAUUGCUUGCAAAAUGUACCUUCAGGCAUACUAUUGAUGAUGAUGGUGUCAUGUUUUGGUCCCAUCUUCAAGAACAGAUUAAGUGUGAACUUGCUAUCCCUUGGCUGGCCAGAAUGGACCACUUGGAGCAGAGAGAGUGGAUUGAAAGUGCCAACAAAGAGAGCCCUAUUUGGUUAGGGAAAUCCUCAUAUUAUAGAAUAUCAUGUCUCGAUGAUAAGGAUCUGCUUCAACUAGCAAAACACAAUUAUGAGCUUAGACAAGAGGUUUACCAGCAAGAACUGAAAGAAAUCAUAAGGUGGUCUAAGGUGCGUGGUCUUAUGGACAUGGGAUUUGCUCGAGAGAAAACAACUUAUUGCUACUUUGCUAUUGCCACCGCGUCCACUUCACUUCCUUGUGAGUCCAAUGUUCGAGUAAUCAUCGCAAAAAAUGCGGUGCUUAUAACUGUUUUGGAUGACUAUUUCGACAUGGAAGGAUCACUUGAUGAGCUGCAAAUCCUUGCAAAGGCAGUGGAAAGAUGGAAUAACAAAGGCUUAAAAGGUCCUAGCUGGAUCCUUUUUGAUGCGCUGGAUAAUUUUGUUAGGGAGGUAGCACAAGAGUACUUUGAUCAAAAUGGAAUCGACAUAACUCACAAUAUUCGAAAAAUAUGGAAUGAAGUAAUUUCUACAUGGCUAACGGAAGCAAGAUGGAGUAAAACAGGGCAAAUUCCGUCGAUGGCAUCUUACUUGGAAACUGGGUCGAUAUCUGUUGCUGCACACUUAAUGGUUCUUCAAGCUUCAUGCUUUCUGACACCGAGCUUAUCCCCUCACAAACUUAAUCCUUCUAAAUAUGAAGAUAUCACAAAACUUCUCAUGAUAUGCUGUCGUUUAUUGAAUGACCUACAAGGGUAUGAGAGAGAGGUUAGAGAUGGCAAAAUCAACUCAAUAUUAUUAUACUUGAAAGAAUACCCUGAUGCUAAAAUGGAAGAUGCAAUUAAUUACGUCAAAAAUCUACUCGAAGAAAGCAAGAUGAAGCUACUUGAACAUGCAUUGAUGGAUGAAUAUGAUGCUGAAUUACCAAAGCCUUGCAAAAUGCUUCAUUUAACAGCACUAAAAGUGUUUCAAAUGUUCUACAACUCGGCCAACCAUUUCGACUCGAAGGAUUCCCUGCUUAAUGAUAUCAACAAGGCUAUUUUUCUUCCAUUGGAACCACAUUCUUCUUUUCAAUCUCCAAAGUCACCAUCAUCUAAUUCUCGCCCAAAAAAUUCGCUUUUAGUGAACCAUUAUCGUCACAAAAUUAGCUUGAAAUGCCUUGGGAAACGAAGACCAAUUGGGAUUUGUCAUGUAGCUUUGCCCCUAUCGUUAGCAAGACAUCAUGUUCGGAUGAAAGUUUCACCAAUCCUAAACUUCUAGUCGCGAUCAAGCCGAGAGAUGAGUAAUAAAAUAAGGGAUGGAUCGGAUGUAUCUGUCUGUCAUGCUGAAAUUUAUGUCAGCAAUAUAAUUUUGUUAUAA